AUCAAAUCACAACAGGAUGUUUUAUAUUGGCUGAGAGCUAACCACGAUUCAUUUCAAAUCAGAGCUGCUGCUUAUACUUGCAUAACCGAAGUAAAACGCGCAAUAUUGUGUGCUAGUUCUACUGGUUAAAAGAUUGUGACUUAAGUGUUUUAAGAUAAAUAUGCUUCUGCAACUAAGCCUGGUGUGUUCGUUCGUUGUGGGCUGUUUCACGAAGGUCCCCCUUAACCCUGAUUGCCUCUUUGUGAAAUGUAUGGCACCAGCGUGCACCAAUCCACACACGCCACCUGGAAAGUGUUGUCCUAUGUGUCCACAUUCCGGAUGUGUCGUCAAAGGUGUCCACUACAAUGAAGGUGCUUCUGUGACCUCAAUGAGCACUCACCCGUGCGAAGUAUGCUACUGUAACAACGGGUCCGUACAGUGCUCGUGGAUGAUGUGCCCGGACUGUGUAGGCGAAGUACCACCUGGCCAGUGCUGCCCGCUAUGCGCAUCAGAACCUUCUGAUAUGGAAUGACGACACGGGGGUGUAGACCAGAUCGAGUUUAAAAAUUAAUUGUUGCAUCUGCUUGAAGUGACAAUAUACGACUUUGUUUUUAAACUUCAAUAAAAUGAAAUAAUUACGUUAAACAAAACUGUUAUUUGCUUUUAUGAAAUUCACAAUGAAGAAAACAUACUAAGUACAACCGUCAGGUUUAUUAUAAUAAUAAAAAAAAUGCAUACGUUGAUAGAA